GUCCCAACUCGGGAGCGCCGCCGACCGGUCGCCAGGAUUUUCCCUUCUCGGGCCAAAAUGGAGGAGGAGGUCUCUCGCUUAAUGAAGGGAGCACCGAUUGUACGCCCGGAUCUGCUUCAAUGAAAGGCGUCAGGAUCCGCCUCUGCCGAUAGAUAAUUGUUGCAACAACAACAACAACAAUACAAAAAAAAGCUAGUGAGGAUAGCCGUCGCUGUCUCCGCACGAAGCGACCACAGCCAUGAGCGCAGCGGAGGGACUGGAUGAGGCUGCGAAGGACGCGGCAGACAUAGCGGCGUUUUUCAAAUCCGAUUGCUCUCUUCCAAAGUGUGAAUCCAAACUGGAUGGCUCCGGUCAAGCUUCAGGUUUCCAUCGCAAUGAGGAUAUGAAGGCCAUCGACGUGCUUCCUAUCCUCAAGGAGAAGGUUGCCUUCCUCUCAGGUGGCAGGGACAGACGCGGAGGUCCCGUUCUCACCUUUCCAGCACGGAGCAACCAUGACAGAAUACGACCCGAAGACCUGCGCAGGCUUAUAGCCUACCUGGCAACUGUUCCCAGCGAGGAGGUGGCCAGACAUGGCUUCACAGUCAUCGUGGACAUGCGCGGUUCUAAGUGGGACAGCAUCAAGCCGUUGCUAAAGAUCCUCCAGGAGUCUUUCUCGUCUUGUAUCCACGUCGCCCUCAUCAUCAAGCCGGACAACUUCUGGCAGAAGCAGAGGACCAACUUCGGCAGCUCGAAGUUUGAGUUUGAGACGGUGAUGGUGUCCUUAGAUGGUUUAUCCAAGAUUGUGGACGCAUCCCAGCUGACAGCUGACUUUGAGGGCAGCUUAGACUACAACCAUGAUGAAUGGAUUGAGGUGCGGCUGUCGUUUGAGACCUUCGCCAGCGACUCAAUGCGGGCCCUCGCCCGCCUCGAGGAGCUCCAGGAGACUCUGUCCCAGCGGGAUCUCCCGCGGGACCUGGAGGGCGCUCGAAGGCUCAUGGAGGAACAUGCCUCGCUGAAGAAAAGGGCCACCAAGGCAUCGGUGGAGGAACUGGAUGCGCAGGGACGAAGGCUGCUGCAAAGGCUACAGUUACAAACUGCAGGCGGGGGGGUUAGCGGCGAAAGCCCGUACGGCAACCGCAGUGGGGGGGCGAGCGGAGACUCUAACGACCACCACCACGGCUUCCAUGUGCAUGCGGACGCACACAACAUAGUAGCUAAAGUGACGGGUUUGUUGGACAAGCUGCACGGGACACGCCAGAAUCUGCAGCAGCUGUGGCACAUGAGGAAACUGAAGCUGGACCAGUGUUUCCAGUUGCGUCUGUUCGAACAGGACGCAGAGAAGAUGUUUGAUUGGAUUUUGCACAACAAGGGCCUUUUCCUCACGAGUUACACGGAGAUUGGAGGGAACCACCAGCAUGCCGUAGAGCUGCAGACCCAGCACAACCACUUUGCCAUGAACUGCAUGAAUGUGUAUGUGAACAUCAAUCGGAUCAUGUCGGUAGGGAACCGGCUCUUGGAAUCAGGCCACUACGCCUCACAGCAGAUCCAGCAGAUCUCAGCACAGCUGGAACAGGAGUGGAAGGCCUUCGCUGCAGCGCUGGACGAACGCAGCGCGCUGCUGGAGAUGUCGGCCAGCUUCCACCAGAAAGCCGACCAGUACAUGAGUAAAGUGGAGCCAUGGUGUAAGGCGUGUGGUGAAGGAGAGCUGCCAUCGGAACUCCAGGAUCUGGAAGACACAAUCCACCAUCACCAGGGAUUAUAUGAGCACAUCACCACUGCAUACUCGGAGGUAAGCCAAGACGGAAAGUCUCUUUUGGACAAACUGCAGCGACCUUUGACCCCGGGAAGUGCCGAUUCAUUGAUGGCAUCGGCUAACUACUCCAAAGCUGUGCACCACGUCCUGGAUAUUAUCCACGAGGUGCUGCAUCACCAGAGACAGCUGGAGAACAUUUGGCAGCAUCGCAAAGUCCGCCUGCAUCAGCGGCUCCAGCUGUGUGUCUUUCAACAGGAUGUACAGCAAGUGCUCGACUGGAUAGAAAACCAUGGCGAAGCCUUCCUCAGUAAACACACCGGUGUUGGAAAGUCUUUACACAGAGCCAGGGCUCUGCAGAAGAGACACGAAGACUUUGAGGAGGUUGCACAAAACACCUACACCAAUGCUGACAAAUUGCUCGAGGCGGCAGAGCAGCUGGCCCAGACCGGGGAGUGUGACCCAGAGGAAAUUUACCAGGCUGCCCACCAGCUAGAGGACCGCAUCCAGGACUUUGUGCGACGUGUCGAGCAGCGUAAAGUCCUGCUGGACAUGUCCGUGGCUUUUCACACACACGUCAAAGAGCUGUGGACUUGGUUGGAGGAGCUUCAGAAGGAGCUGCUGGACGACGUGUACGCGGAGUCGGUGGAAGCGGUGCAGGACCUGAUCAAGCGUUUUGGCCAGCAGCAGCAGACCACCCUGCAGGCUACUGUGAAUGUCAUCAAAGAGGGAGAGGACCUCAUACAACAGCUUAGAGACUCCGCCAUCUCCAGCAACAAGACUCCUCACAACAGCUCCAUGGCCCACAUCGAGAGUGUGCUGCAGCAGCUGGAUGAAGCCCAGGGCCAGAUGGAGGAGCUGUUCCAAGAAAGGAAAAUCAAGCUGGAGCUCUUCCUUCAGCUCCGCAUCUUUGAGAGGGAUGCCAUUGACAUCAUCUCAGAUUUGGAGUCAUGGAACGAGGAACUGUCCCAGCAAAUGAGCGACUUUGACACCGAGGACCUGACCCUGGCCGAGCAGAGGCUACAGCAUCAUGCAGACAAGGCGCUCACCAUGAACAACCUCACCUUUGACGUCAUCCACCAGGGACAGGAGUUGCUGCAGUACGUUACAGAGGUCCAGGCUUCUGGGGUGGAGCUGCUAUGCGACCGGGACGUGGACAUGGCCACGCGGGUCCAGGACCUGCUGGAGUUUCUCCACGAGAAGCAGCAGGAGUUGGACCUGGCGGCGGAGCAGCACAGGAGACAUCUGGAGCAGUGUGUCCAAUCAAGGCAUCUGCAGGCUGAAGUCAAACAGGUUCUGGGAUGGAUCCGUAAUGGGGAGUCAAUGCUGAACGCUGGGCUGAUCACAGCCAGUUCGUUACAAGAAGCCGAACAGCUGCAGAAGGAACAUGAACAAUUCCAACAUGCAAUAGAGAAAACACAUCAAAGUGCGCUGCAGGUACAGCAGAAGGCCGAAGCCUUACUCCAGGCGAACCACUACGACAUGGAUAUGAUCAGAGACUGUGCUGAAAAGGUGGCAGACCACUGGCAGCAGCUGAUGCUGAAGAUGGAGGACCGACUAAAGCUGGUUAAUGCUUCCGUGGCCUUCUACAAGACCUCUGAACAGGUCUGCAGUGUGUUAGAAAGCCUGGAGCAGGAGUAUAAGCGAGAAGAGGACUGGUGUGGGGGUGCUGAUAAAUUGGGCCCCAACAGUGAUUCAGACCACGUGACACCCAUGAUCAGCAAGCACCUGGAACAGAAAGAGGCCUUCCUCAAGGCCUGCACGUUGGCCAGGCGCAAUGCUGACGUCUUCUUGAAGUACCUGCACAGGAACAGCGUCAACAUGCCCGGCAUGCUGUCACAUGUCAAAGCUCCGGAGACUCAGGUUAAGAACAUCUUGAAUGAGUUGCUGCAGAGGGAGAACAGAGUGCUUCACUUCUGGACCAUGAGGAAGAGGAGGCUGGACCAGUGCCAGCAGUAUGUCGUUUUUGAGCGCAGCGCCAAACAGGCCCUGGAAUGGAUCCAUGACACUGGGGAGUUUUACCUGUCCACACACACAUCAACUGGGUCCAGCAUCCACCACACACAGGAGCUGCUGAAGGAGCACGAAGACUUCCAGAUCACAGCAAAGCAAACCAAAGAGCGGGUAAAGCUGUUGAUCCAGCUGGCGGAUGGGUUUUGUGACAAGGGCCACGCCCAUGCCCUGGAGAUAAAGAAAUGGGUGUCCUCAGUGGACAAGCGCUACAGGGACUUCUCUCUCCGCAUGGACAAAUACCGAACCUGCCUGGAAACAGCUCUCGGCAUUUGUUCUGACUCCAACAAGGCUAGCAAAGGGCUCCAACUGGACAUAAUCCCAGCCAGUGCCCCGGGGUCAGAGGUCAGGUUGAGGGAUGCUGCCCAUGAGCUUAACGAGGAGAAGAGGAAGUCAGCGCGACGGAAAGAAUUCAUAAUGGCUGAGCUGAUUCAAACAGAGAAAACCUACGUCAGGGACCUACGGGAGUGUAUGGAUACUUACCUGUGGGAGAUGACCAGCGGUGUGGAGGAGAUUCCUCCUGGUAUUGUCAACAAGGAACACAUUAUCUUUGGGAACAUGCAGGACCUCUACGAGUUUCAUCACAAUAUCUUCCUGAAGGAGUUAGAGAAGUAUGAGCAGCUUCCGGAGGAUGUCGGCCAUUGUUUUGUGACUUGGGCUGAUAAGUUCCAGAUGUAUGUCAACUACUGUAAGAACAAGCCUGACUCCACUCAGCUCAUCCUGGAACACGCUGGACCCUACUUUGAUGAAAUCCAACAAAGACAUCGCCUGGCCAACUCCAUCUCUUCUUAUCUGAUCAAACCAGUCCAGAGAAUCACAAAAUACCAGCUUCUUCUCAAGGAGUUGUUGACAUGCUGUGAGGAGGGUAAAGGUGAGAUAAAGGAUGGACUGGAAGUCAUGCUCAGUGUCCCAAAGAGAGCUAACGAUGCCAUGCACCUCUCCAUGCUGGAUGGUUUUGAUGGGAACAUAGACUCCCAGGGCGAGUUGAUACUUCAGGAGUCCUUCCAGGUGUGGGACCCCAAGACUCUGAUCCGGAAGGGUCGCGAACGGCACUUGUUCCUCUUUGAGAUGUCCCUGGUGUUCAGCAAGGAGGUCAAGGACUCCAACGGCCACAGCAAGUACCUGUACAAGAGCAAGCUCUUUACUUCAGAGCUCGGCGUGACAGAACAUGUGGAGGGAGAUCCUUGUAAGUUUGCCCUGUGGGUGGGCAGAACCCCGACUUCAGACAACAAGAUCGUCCUCAAGGCUUCAAGUAUCGACAACAAGCAGGACUGGAUCAAACACAUUAGGGAGGUCAUCCAGGAGCGAACCGUCCACCUGCGUGGAGCUCUGAAGGAGCCCAUCCACAUCCCCAAAGCCACCGCCGCCAGACAUAAAGGCCGACGGGACGUAGAGGAGCUGGACAGUCAAGGAGAUGCCAGCAGCCAACCGGAUACCAUCUCCAUCGCCUCGCGGACCUCCCAAAACACACUGGACAGUGAUAAGCUGUCCGGUGGCUGCGAGCUGACAGUGGUGAUCCACGACUUCAUGGCUGGCAAUGGUGGCAGCAGUGGGGAGCUGACGGUGCGGCGAGGUCAGACUGUGGAGGUUCUGGAGCGACUCCACGACAAGCCGGACUGGUGCCUGGUGAGGACCACAGACCGCUCUCCAGCCCAGGAGGGCAUCGUACCCUGCUCCAUGCUCUGCAUCGCUCACUCCAGGUCUUCCAUGGAGAUGGAGGGGCUCUUCAACCACAAAGACACCCUGUCUGUUUCCAGUAAUGACACCCUGCAGCCCGGCUCCAGCCAAACCCUGGGUCCUCACAGCUCGCCUGGCCCAAAGCGUCCAGGAAACACCUUGAGGAAGUGGCUGACCAGCCCCGUGCGACGCCUGAGCUCCGGCAAAGCCGACGGCCACGUCAAGAAGCUCGCCCACAAGCACAAGAAGAACCGCGAUGGCAGGAAGAACAUGGACCCGAUGGCCGUCUCGCAGAAAGACUCCGAUGACAGCGCCGCCACGCCACAGGACGAGACACUGGAGGAGCGUAUGCGUAAUGAGGGGCUGAGCAGUGGCACCCUGUCCAAGUCUUCUUCAUCAGGCAUGCAGAGCUGUGGUGAGGAGGAAGGAGAGGAGGGGGCGGACGCUGUUCCUCUACCUCCCCCCAUGGCCAUCCAGCAACACAGCCUGCUGCAGCCCGACUCCCAAGACGACAAGUCUUCAUCUCGUCCGUCCGCUCGUCCUAACAGUUCAGAGACACCCAGCGCCGCUGAGCUGGUCAGUGCCAUCGAAGAGCUUGUGAAGAGCAAGAUGUCACUGGAGGACCGGCCCAGUUCCCUGUCAGUCGAGCAGGGGGACAGCAGCUCUCCCUCCUUCAACCCCUCUGACAACUCCCUCCUCUCCUCCUCCUCACCCAUCGAUGACGUGGAGGAGCGAAAGUCGGGCUUCUUCAAGAGAAGACAUUACGUGCUUCUGGAGCUGGUGGAGACUGAACGAGAUUAUGUCCGAGAUCUGGGAUCAGUAGUGGAGGGCUACAUGAGCAGGAUGAAAGAGGAAGGAGUUCCAGAUGACAUGAGAGGAAAAGACAAGAUUGUCUUUGGAAACAUCCAUCAGAUCUACGACUGGCACAAAGAUCUUUUCCUGGGAGAGCUUGAGAAGUGUUUGGAGGAUCCUGAUAGGCUGGCUCCUUUAUUUGUCAAACAGGAGCGGAGGUUACACAUGUACAUUGUGUACUGCCAGAAUAAACCCAAAUCUGAGCACAUUGUGUCAGAGUACAUCGACACUUACUUUGAAGACCUCAAGCAGCGACUGGGCCACAGAUUGCAGAUCACUGACCUGCUAAUCAAGCCGGUCCAGCGUAUAAUGAAGUACCAGUUACUACUGAAGGAUCUUCACAAAAUAUCUAAGAAGGCUGGAGUGGAUACGACCGAGCUGGAGAAAGCUGUCGAGGUGAUGUGUGUGGUCCCCAAACGCUGCAAUGACAUGAUGAAUGUUGGGCGCCUUCAAGGCUUCGACGGUAAAAUAGUGGCACAGGGCAGAUUGCUCCUCCAAGACACCUUCAUGGUGUCUGACCAGGAUGGAGGACUUCUGUCCAGGAUGAAAGAGAGGAGAGUGUUCCUUUUUGAGCAGAUCGUCAUCUUCAGCGAGCCCAUAGACAAAAAGAAAGGCUUCACUUCUCCUGGUUAUCUCUUCAAGAACAACAUUAAGGUGAGCUGGCUGGGCUUAGAAGAAAACGCAGAUGACCCCUGCAAGUUUACGCUCACUUCCAGAUCAUCUAGCGGCAACUUGGAGAGGUACACCCUCCACUCAAUGAGCCCUGGAGUCAGUCGAGUCUGGGUCCACCAGGUCAGCCAAAUACUGGAGAACCAGAGAAACUUCCUCAAUGCUCUAACGUCCCCCAUAGAGUACCAGAGGAACCACGUGGGUGGUGGUGGGCCAGGCGCUCCCCCCGGCAGUAGCUGCAGUAAUACUGGGGGUCUGCCAGGAGGCAGCAGCUCCAACAACACCAACAGCACGGGAGGGGGGGGCGGCGGCGGCUCUGCAGGAUCAGGGGGCAGCUCCUCCUCUCUGUUUGGCCCUCGCUCCCGACCCUCCCGCAUCCCCCAGCCAUCCUCACGCCUCCCCCAGCCCGUCCACCAUCACCAUCCCCCAGGCCCCGAGGGGCCCGACCGAUCAGCAGGUAUGUGGUCCCCCUGCCACCCUCAGCCCCCCCCCUCUAGCUCGUACUCAGACGCCACCACAAACGGAGAGGUGCGGGACUCAGAAGUCCCUAAGUGGAGGACGAAGGAUGGUCCUCAUGGGAGCAACAGCAAUAACAGUAACGAGCCGUCAGACGUCGUGGAGGGCAGCGUCAAACUGAACCCGGGGAGCUACGAAGAGCCCCGGAAGCAUCAAGCAUCUGGUGUACCACAGACGGCAGUGGCUCCCCUGAAUUUGCCCCUGAAAAAGCCCCGAGUGGGGACAGUGGCUCCUCUAAUUUCACCUCAGUCGCCUGGAGGCGGACGAAAGGAAGCGUAUCCCCCCUCGAGCCCUUUAUGGGCCAAGGUGCCUGCUUUGCCUGCUUUGCCUGCCUCUCCCUCCAGUCGGCCUGGUUCCUUCUCCUACCACGGUGACAGUGGUGGUGGAGGGGACUCCUUGGGCAGGGGAAGCCACGGGACACUCUCUCACCACCAGAACUCCACCCACAGUAAGGACAUAGACCGCAUGAGCACCUGCUCCUCCACCAGCGAGCAGUCCGUACACUCCACCCAGAGUAACGGGAGUGAAAGCAGUAGCAGCAGCAGUGUGUCCACCAUGUUGGUGACCCAGGACUAUGUGGCAGUGAAGGAGGAUGAGAUCAGUGUGGUGCAGGGUGAGGUGGUCCAGAUGCUAGCCAGCAACCAGCAACACAUGUUCCUGGUGUACCGGGCGUCCAAUGAGCAGUGCCCGGCCGCUGAGGGCUGGAUCCCUGGCUAUGUAUUAGGACACACCUCAUCCUCCAUCACGCCCGAACUCCUUGAAGGAACCAUCAAAAAAUCAUUAUCAUGGCAUACAGCUCUACGUAUCCGCAAAAAGUCUGAAAAAAGAGACAAGGAGGGCAGGAAGAUGGAGAACGGCUUCCGCAAGUCUCAGGACGGCCUGGCCACCAAAGUCUCUGUCAAGCUCCUUAAUCCCAACUUCAUCCCUGAUGCUCCCCCAGAGUUCAUCAUCCCUGUCAGUGAUGUCUCGUGUGAAGGCGGCGACAGCGUCACUCUGAGAUGUAAAGUGUGCGGUCAGCCCCGGGCCACUGUCACUUGGCGGGGGCCGGACAACAACUCUCUGAGCAACAACGGACACUACAGCAUCACUUACAGUGAGACAGGAGAGGCAGCUCUUCGGAUCCUCGGGGUGUCUGCAGAGGACAGCGGUGUGUACACCUGUGUUGCCACAAACGUAGCGGCCUCUGUCACCUGCUCUGCCAGCCUAAAAGUCUCAGGAACCCCCGAUGACGCCAGUGAAGUCCUCUGGAAAAGCAGUUUUGAGUUCCACUACACAGAGAUCACUGAACUCGGAAGGGGGCGUUUUUCCGUUACCAAGCGCUGCGACCAGAGACGGAGCAAACGGACAGUUGCAGCAAAACAAAUUAGCAAGAAGCUGCUGCUUCGAGAGUCGGUGCUGCAGGAGGUGCGACUCCAACAGGCUCUGGACCAUCCCAACCUGAUCAAGCUCCUGGACACAUAUGAGACGGCCAACAGCUACGUUCUUGUACAAGAGAUGGCCGACCAGGGACGUUUCCUGGACUAUAUCGUGAGCUGGGGCAACCUGACGGAGGACAAGCUGGCUCUGUACCUCAGAGAUAUUCUUGAAGGUCUCUGCUACCUGCACAGCUGGAGGAUAGCACACCUUGAUCUCAAACCAGAGAACAUCGUGGUGGAACAUGCUUCUUCGCAGCCGGUGAUCAAACUCACAGACUUUGGUGAUGCCACUCAGCUGAACCCUCCCUCCUUCUACAUCCAUCCUCUCGUGGGGAGCCCAGAGUUCUCUGCUCCUGAGCUGAUCCUGGGUCAGCCCGCCUCACUGAUGUCUGACCUCUGGAGCUUAGGUGUGGUGACGUACGUUAUACUCAGCGGCGCCUCUCCCUUCCUGGAUGAGAGUUUGGAGGAGACGUGUUUGAACGUCUGUCGCCUGGACUUCAGCUUCCCGGAGGACUACUUCCAGGGCGUGAGCCCGGCGGCCAGAGACUUCGUCCGCCUGCUGCUUCGGGGCGAGCCGGAGCGCCGGCCCCCUGCCGCGUCCUGCCUGCGGGAGCCUUGGCUCCUGCCCCGAGGCGUGACGCGCGGCGCCUUAAACCACGCGCAGCCACCGCCUCAGUCUCAGCACGCCUCGCACCUGGACACCUCCAGGCUCAUUUCCUUCAUCGAGAGAAGGAAACACCAGAACGACGUCCGGCCCAUCGGCAGCAUUAAGGCCUUCCUUCACAGCCGUCUGCUUAACCACACCUAGCCAACGCGUCCCCGGCCCAACUCAAUUAGGAGGGUGGGCAACGAGUUUGUCGCUCAUUGUAAGUGGCUUUGGAUAAAAGCGCCAGCUGAAUGACAUGUGAUGUGAUGUGACGUCCAGUCGAGCUGCGUUACUGAGAGGACCACCAGCAACAUUUCCACAACGAUCACCUUUUCCUUCACCAAGCCACAAAAGUCCUGCUGCUGCUGACUGUUGGAUCUCUGCUGAUAAACCCUUUGACCCCCCCCCCCCCCCCCCACCACCACCACAACUCUCCUCCUUAACCUUGGCAUGUUGUCGUCAUGCCUGCACAACAAAUGAACUGUUGGAAUCUGAUUGAGAUUUCAAACCGGAGAGAGAGGUGAAAAAAUAAAACGUGCUUUCUCUUUCAGAUUGAGCAAGUCUUGCGUUUCGGACAGUGUUGAUCAGAGAAAAAGGAGAAUACUGUAUGAUGGCAGUAAUUCAGGCUGCUUUUGGUUUGAAAACAAGAAAAAUUGUUUCUUUUCUAACGAGAGAUUACUUUUUUUAAAUGAAACAAUGUACAUUGAGGAAUAUAGAGAACUGUGUUUAUUCAAACCUUUCGGUUAACAAAGGUUAGUUAGUCAACAGAAAGAUGAAUUAGAUGUGUGUACAAAGUGGCACCCAUCAGCAGGGUGCACUUCUUCUAGAACAAUAUGAAGACCAAAAUCAUGUUUUCCAAAAACAAAAUACAUUUACAUUCAGUGAAAUUGUUUGCUUAUCUCUUAAUACCCCCAUGUAGUUUGAAAGGUGAACUAAUUUCAGUUUGUGAAACUAAAUUAAGUUAAAUUAGACACUAAAGCUGUUCAGAGAUAGUUUCUCCCAUUUUUACCUGCAUCCGCCUUAUUUGUAAAUAACGUGUUCCUGUCUUUUGUCAUCAUUUCGAAGAAUUUGUUUCAAAUGAAAAUAAUCUUUAUAAUUUGCUGAGUAUUACUGAGAAGUAGGCCACUGCGAGCCCUCUGCAGUUGGAAUUUCAACAAGAAGAACAAGAACAAACCGCUACUAAAAAUGCACUCGUGUUUUGCAUCAAUUCCCAUGUGCAAUGUUGCAGCUUUAACAUUUAUGCAACUAUUUAUGAAGACUUUGUGUUGUAGCCGUAUUCUUAAGAAGGCAUGUACGUACAUGUUACUGCGAUAGACGUCUGUAUUGUGUUAACUCUUAUGUAUUAAGUUCAGUAUUAAUAUCUUCAAAACCCCAGGGAAGAAGCGGGUUUUUUUUGGAAAUAAUGUAUAAAAAUGCGUAUCUAUAAAAUAUAGGCACUUAUGCUUUCAUUUUGUCAAUGUCAUUGUUUUUCAUUUUCUGUAACAAUACCAAAGUUGGCGACGCUUUCUUUUCCUGCUAAAAUGUGUUUUUAAUGAUUUAAUGUCAGGUUAAGUUAUAACGGACCAUACUGAACCAGGACAUGUGAGUGUCGUUCAGUCUGGCUUUAUUUAUUCUUAUUGUAUUAAGAAAUAGUUUGGUGGUUUCUUAAAAAAAAAACAAAUAUUUCGCCCGUCUUUUUUCGAGUUGUGCACAGGGUGGUUUCGCUGUGUGCGUUUGUUUGGCUUUCGUCAGUAGGUUCUCGUGUAUGUCGCUAGAUUUUAAAGCAUCUCAGUUUGUACAUCAAAAAAACCAUUGACCUGUUUUUGACCCGAGCCAAACGCUCGAAAAAAUCAAAUCUCAUUGUGUCGGCUCACCGCGGAUUCAAAAUGAUCGGAGAAUGCAUCGAACCUUUUUCGGGAGACACACAAAUCUCUUUCCACCAAAAGUUCUAAUGUAGCCCUUUAAUGAAUAUCAUUCAGCACGAGCCGCUAUCUGACAUGAAAGUAUUCUCUUCCAGUUGUUUUUUCCAUUUAAAUGGGUUGAUGUCAUGAGGUUAUGAAGAUAUUGAGAACCUUUUUUUUUAAGUGCCAGUUGAGGGAGUCGACCUAGAGUGGUUGGUGGAAAAAUAAAUGUGCGUUGUUUCUUAAUUCUUUUGGAGGUUGUAAGAAUUACGGCCUAAAUUUGAUGUUAAAGAAGUUUGUCUGUACAGUCAAAGUCUCUCAUUUUGUGUCAUUGUUAUUUAUUGGUGUGGAUCUAGGUUUCCCAAAAUCAUGCUGUUAAUCAGCUCAAAGCCUAUUCAUAGAAGAUUCUGACCUAAGUACUAAAAUGCCUUUGGGAAACCCAGCCUAUACAUGAUGUAAAGAUGUACAGAGAGGGUGGGGCACUUUGCCCUCACCCAGGAUGUAAACCUCAUAACUAUGUCAUAUUUUAAAUACAAAUCAGAACAAGACUGCAGCAAUGUCAUUUUGAAUGUCUUAUUAUGACUUAUUUUUAUUUUUGCAUGUAUAUUUCUUUGUACAGAAGAUUGUGUUUUACAUGUUACUUACUAUGUGCUGUACAUAUUUCAUUUUGUCCUGUUAUUUUGCCAUUAAACAUACAAGGAACAA